UCAUUAUUAUGAAUACGACGAAGGAAAAACUUGAAAUACUCUACAAAGAAAAACCAAUUUAAAUCGCUUCACUUGGCAACACGUUUGCCGCAGUGAAAUGUUGAUUGAAAAACGAGCGGCGCUUGAUAUGCGUGCGACAGCAACAACCAAAACAACAACAAAAAAAUCAGCAUAAAAUGAAAAAACAUCAGUUCAGCUUACGAUUUCGUGCUACAAACGGUCCUCCAAAGCGUCUAAGCCGUGCCUUAAUACACACACACACUCAAUAACAGUUGUGCCAGUUCAGUUGAAUUUUUGUAACGAAUCCUUCGUCCUUUUUGUUCGUGUCGUGUGUCGUUGUCUGUGCUCAAUAGAAACAACAUGAAGUACUUUGUUGCCAUCGCUCUGCUGUUCGCUGCCGUCCAGGCUGUGCCCAUUGAGCUGGGUCACUAUGCUCCAUCGCUGGUGCAGGUGCAUCAUGCGCCAGUGCUGGCUCAUGCUGUGCAUGCCGAACCGGUGGCCUAUCCCAAGUACUCCUUCAACUAUGGCAUCAAGGAUCCCCACACCGGCGACAUCAAGUCUCAGGCUGAGGAGCGUGAUGGUGAUGUUGUGAAGGGCCAAUACUCGCUGGUCGAGCCCGAUGGUUCUGUGCGCACCGUGGACUACACCGCCGAUGACCACAACGGUUUCAAUGCCGUCGUCCACAAGACCGCGCCCAAGAUCAUCGCCCAUGCGCCCGUUGUGCACGCCCCCGUGCUGGCACAUGCCCCCCUGCUGCAUCACUACUAAAUAUCGUGGAGUCGUCGAGUCAUAAAGGUGCUCCCACACUCUCACACACACACGCACACAACAACCACAAUCAAUAUAGGAACAACAGGCAGAUAAAACAGAUCCAUUGAAACAACAAAAAGAAAAAAACAAAAAUAUAAGCAAAAACCACGUUGUAUGUAAGUAAAAUGUAGCUAAGAAGUUUUUAGUAGAAACGGGCGCCUUAGUGGGUGCCCGGCACCCGGCUGAUCUGGCAUGGCAUGGACGAAGGAAAUACGAACAAGAAAAAAAAACAAAAAACAAAUACAAAAAGCAAAAACAAAAG